AUUAUAUUUAAAUUCUACAAAUUUUAAACAAGUACAUCGCAACAAUAAUUCGAAAGAUAAAUACCUAUUUUUAGACAAUUAGAUAAUACAUUUUUUUGCUAUUUAAAUAGGAACCAAAAAAUAAGGUAUCUGUUUGAAAUCAGAAUCGAUUAAGAUGAAAUCAAUUGUUUUAAUUUUCAUUUUAGGCUACGCCAGUUCGCAGUCUAUUUCAGACACAUCCCCAGACAUAAUCCCAAUUGUUAACGGCCUAAGCGGUGAUGGUGUAACCACUCGUUAUUGGGACUGUUGCGCACCAGCUUGCGCAUGGUACGGAGCUAUUAAAACCAAAAAUGGAAUUCCGGUUCAAACGUGCAAAACGGACGGUGUCACCAACAGCACCGUAGCUGACAAUGCUCAAUCUGGGUGCGUAGAAGGAGGUGUUGCUUUUACUUGCAACAAUCAGCAGCCUUACCUCAAAAACGCUACUUUGUCUUAUGGUUUUGCUGCGGCUUCAUUCUCCGGAGGGUUAGAUACCAGCAAAUGCUGCUCCUGUUUCCUACUUUCCUUCAAGGGCCAAUUGGCUGGAAAACAAAUGUUAGUUCAAAACCAAGACACAGGUAUGUAUUUGAGACAAAAUCAUUUUGAUCUCCAUAUACCCGGUGGUGGCGUAGGACUCUCCAAUCUAGGUUGUAUGCACCAAUGGAAUACCGGACCAGACGGCUGGGGUGACCGUAUUAACGGCGUAUGGAAAAUAGAGAUGUGCGACCUUUUACCAGAAGUGUUACAACCAGGUUGCAGGUGGAGAUUCGAAUUCAUGGAAGGUGUCGGUAAUCCUGAUGUGUCUUUCCAAGAAGUGAAAUGUCCAGCUGAGUUAAUAGCUAUUAGUGGUUGUGGAGAAUUGGAUUAAAUGAAAACUUUUUCGUAUAUAUGUGCAUAAAAAUAAAUAUAUUGUAAAGAUAUGA